UGAAUUGGCAACCUUUCAACUGAGAUCGACUCGGAAUCGGAGCUGAUGGAUUAAGAGCUCUCUAGUUCUCUUUUCCUCUUUCUAUUUAUCUUCUUGAAUAAUCUCUAAAAAAGGACAGUUAAGUGACUAACAAGUUAAUUAAAAGAUAUUUAUUUCUUCUAAAGUGUGCGACUAACGGAUAGUCACUUUUGAGUGUGAUAGUUAAAGAAGAUAAUGGCCGAAGCAGUCGUAGGAGCUGUCCAUCACAACAACACCGCUCCUAACAGCUCGCAAGGUACUGCUUCAGCCACAUCCAGAAGAUCUCAGGUUACGAAAAAUGGUGAACCGGAAAAAGCAGGAUCAAGAUCUGCCUCUUCAUCUACGACCAGAUCAUCUACUGCCACUGCCGAUAAAAAGCUUCCUCCAAUAAAGGCGCCUGUUUGGAAUGCUCCACCUCCUAAAGUUAAGGAAGUGAAAUCAAAAAUAGGCUCAUUCGAUAAUGUCACUCACAAGCCAAAAGGUGGAGAGAAAAAAGUUGAAUCAGUGAAAUUAGAAUGGAAUGCAAAGUCUAAGGUUGGUUCUCUGGAACAUGCAACGCAUAAACCUGGCGGAGGUGACAAAAAAAUCAUGUCGCAAAAGUUAGAUUUUAAAAAUGUUCAGUCAAAAGUUGGUUCAAAAGAUAAUCUGAAGCACAAACCAGGAGGCGGGACAGUAAAGGUUUCAUCUGCAAAAUUAGACUUCAAGGCUAAAGCUGCAUCAAGAGUGGGUUCUUUAGAAAAUGCCAAGCACAAACCAGGUGGGGGUAAUGUGGUAAUCAAGAGUGAGAAACUUCUUUUUAAAGAAAAAGCAGCUCCUAAAAUUGGUUCUAGAUCGAGCACAGGAGGUAGCAGUCAUGGAGGAUCAGAAGUUGGGAGUCCGCCCCAAGCAUGCUCACCAGCCCCUCCUGAAAACAUGCCACCUUUAAAUGAGGACGAAUCCAUAACAGAAAAGGGAAACGGAGGUCAAACUCCUAGCAAUGUAGAUACAGAACAAGCAGCACAAAUUUCCCCACCUGAAAAUGUUAGCACAAAUUUAGCACAAAAGUUUCCUCCCGUCGGGGAACAAAAUGACUGUUGAUAGGACUGAACCAUUUUUAUGAGUAUUACGUUAUGUGAUUUGGUUUUAUUGAAAGUACGCCUGAAUGUGAAGCAGUGGCAAAUAUGAAAAGUAUUAUUCAUUCUUAUUAUCUUCUGAUACAUUUUAAACAUUAAGUUGUUUAACCUCUACAAAGCUUUGACUGUUUAGCUCUCAUUGUAUUUUAUUGCAAUUACUUUUUUUUAUUAUUAUUAUAAAAUGUAUUUACAACAAUACAUUUCCAUUAAUUCAUUGCUAUUUACUGUCACUUUCACUGUUGUUUGGAGCAAAUGAUGUAUCUGCUUUUUAAAAUAUAGCUAGAAAUAAAAGAAAAUCAAUUUGACUCAGUAGGUGUUUCAAAAAAAAAAAAAUUGUUUAUAUUGACAUGAAACACAUAUCCUUAUGUUUUUACUUUGAGGACUUUAUGUAUUGAAAAACAUUAAUAAAAAUAAAAUCCAAAUAAAAACACUUCAUAAACAA